AUGACUAAGUCCACACAAGGAUUCUGUUUCCACACGGCUACGUCGUCACAUGUUGAGCCUCUUCCUAAUGCGAAGAAAGCCAUGGCUAUUCUCAGAGCUGCCGGCAUGAAGAAGAUCAACUUUGCUGGCGGAGAACCCUUCAUGAAUGCUGAGUUUCUUGGCCAACUGGUCAUGUAUUGCAAGGAAACUCUCAAUUUGGAAUCUGUCUCCGUAGUCACAAAUGGUAGCAAAGUGACAAAGAGAUGGCUCGCCAAAUAUGGCGAGUAUCCGGACAUCAUGGCCAUCUCCUGUGACUCUUUUGAUGAAACAACAAAUGUUAAAAUCGGAAGAGGUACCGGUAACCACCUCAAGACGGUCGUGGAACUGAGUCAAAAAUGCAAAGAGCAUGGUAUCAUGCUGAAGAUCAAUACUGUGGUGAAUCGCUACAAUUUCCACGAAGAUAUGAACGCCGCCAUCGAAGAGAUACAGCCUUUUCGCUGGAAAUGCUUUCAAGUGCUCAUCGUUCCAGAAGAGAAUGGGUCCGAGCAUACCCUUCGUGAUGCAAGGCGUUUCCUCAUCAGUGAUGAUGAGUGGCGUCUUUUCAACGAGAAACACAGGCAUCAGGAAUGUUUCGUCCCAGAAGGCAACGAUGUUAUGGCCAGCUCUUACUUGUUGCUAGACGAGUACUUGCGUUUCCUCAAUAAGGGGUGGGAGAGCCGACAAAAAGUAUUCUAG